AUGAGUAAAUGUGCUAUAUUAUCAGCUAGAAAUAUUGACGUAGAUGAGAUUAAUAAACAAAUUACUAAUUUAUUGAAUAAUGACUGUGAACGUAUAUAUACUGUUGUUGAUUCCGUUGUUCAUAACAAUGGUGGAAUAGAUGAUGUUAUAUUACCAGAACAUUUAAAUCAUUUAAAUCCACCAAGUUUACCUCCUCACGAAUUACGCUUGAGAAAAAAUUGUAUUAUAAUGUUAAUUAGAAAUAUAAGCAUAAAUGAAGGUUUAUGCAAUGGAACAAGAUUACAAAUAAUAGAUUUAUCAAACCAUUUAAUAAAAUGUAUCAUUUUGACAGGCGACAGAGCAAACCAAAUUGUCUUUUUAAAGCGUAUAACUUUAUAUUCUGAAAACGAUUAUCCAUUUACAUUUAAAAGAAGACAAUUUCCCGUAAAACUAGCUUUUGCAAUGACCAUUAACAAAGCUCAAGGUCAAACUUUUAAAAAUACUGGUAUUGAUCUAAGAAGAGAUGUAUUUAAUCAUGGACAACUUUAUGUUGUAAUGUCCAGAGUUAGAUCUUGGAAUUCUGUCAAAGUAUAUCUAGGGAACCAAAUACAAAGAAGAAAAGUUAAAAAUUGGGUUUACAAAGAAUUGUACACAGAAUUAUGA